AUGAGCCCUAUAAUUUCUCCCCUUAUUGCUUCCUUUCUGCUUUUAUUCUGCCUUGCUUUGCUGUUCACCAAUGCUACCAUCACUGAUAGUGAUACUAUCCGACCAGGCCAAUCACUAAACACCUCGGAGUCCAUUCUAUCCGCCAACAGAAAGUACAAACUCGGUUUCUUUUCAACAGAAAACUCAAAGUAUUACGUGGCCAUAUUCUACUCGAAUACUACUGAAAAUGUAGCUGUGAUUGUAAACAGGGAGCACCCAUUCCCAAAUCCCUCCGCUGUUCUUACCUUCGACCUGGAUGGGAAUCUUGUAAUAUCCGAUGGCAGAUUGUUGCACGUUCUGACCAGCACUUCAGGUGGCAACAAUACCUACGCCAGGCUAUUAGAUACAGGUAAUCUUAUACUGACAAACAGGGCCUCAGGUGUUUUGUGGCAAAGCUUUGACUAUCCUACUGAUAAUCUUUUGCCCGGAAUGAAGCUUAAACAUGCUAACGACCAUCCUGUCUUAAGAUCAUGGAAAAGUCUAACAGACCCUGCUCCUGGUUCUUUCUCUCUGCAUCUGGGUUCUGGGGAAACUCAAAUUAUCUUAAUGGAGGGGUCGGAACCAUACUGGACUAGUUCACUCAUCACUGGUGUUCUAGCUGGUAUACUCGUGAUUGAGAGGGACUACAUUACCUGGCGCAAUAAGAACACAAAUGAAACUAGAAGAAUAGUGUUGGAUUUAUACGGUCACCUUCUGAUGCAAACAUGGAUGGAAGGUGACCAAGGUUGGUCCUCGCUAAAGUUAACGAAUUGUGGGGCUUAUCCUACCUGCGGCGUUUCCGGCUUAUGCAAUAGCAAUGCCGAUGCAAAUUCUAGCUGUUACUGUUUGCCAGGAUUCAAGAGAGGAUCCACGUUCGCUAGAUGUAAGAGAAAAACUGAUUCGCAUUGCAGCGACAAUAUUAAUCAUGUUCAGAAAGAUUGGUUUCUUCCAGUUCCUCAAGUUUAUUUGCCCAGGAAUCCACUGCGGUUGCACGUUGGCAAGGCUUCAGAGUGCGAAUCAGCUUGCUUGAACAACUGCUCUUGUUCUGGUUAUGCUUAUGACCAAGAUCAUCUCUGCCUUGUAUGGGACGGCCCUCUUGGAAAUCUGAAACAGUUCCCAGCAGUUAAGUUAUAUGAAACAGAGUUCUAUCUGAAACUUGCUCCGAACUUUACAGAAGAUACGACUGUUCAGAAGAAUUUAAAGAUUAUAGGAAAUAAACAAUUAUUGAAAUUUCUCGUGCCGACCACAUCUAUUGUGAUGAUUGUUACAUUGGGCCUUUUCUUUAUUCACUAUAUGAGGAGAAAGCUCAAAACAAAGGGGCAGGAUUUGUUGCAGUUAGACUUGGGCACAACCCAAAAUGCUACUAAUUCAGAGCAUGAAGAUGGUAGAAAAAGAGAAGUUCCAAUGCCAUUAUUCAAUUUUGCUAGUGUUUCUGCAGCAACUAAUAAUUUCUCAGCUACAAAUAAGCUUGGAGAGGGUGGUUUUGGUCCUGUUUACAAGGGAAUAUUACAUAUGGGGGACGAGGUAGCUGUAAAAAGGCUUUCAAAACGAUAUGGGCAAGGUUGGGAGGAGCUAAAAAAUGAAGCAGUGCUCAUAGCUAAGCUCCAACACAAGAAUCUUGUUAGACUUUUGGGCUGCUGCAUUGAACGAGAUGAAAAAAUACUAGUUUAUGAGUAUAUGCCCAAUAAAAGCUUGGAUUUCUUCCUAUUUGAUCAAGAGAAGCGUAAGUUAUUAGAUUGGAGGACUCGUGUUAGAAUCAUUGGAGAAAUUGCUCAAGGACUUCUUUAUCUUCAUCAGUAUUCCAGGUUAAGGAUUAUUCAUAGGGACUUGAAGCCUAGCAAUAUCUUGUUGGACAUCGAUAUGAAUCCCAAAAUAUCAGAUUUCGGAAUGGCAAGAAUAUUUGGAGGAAAUGAUUCACAUGCAAAUACAAAUAGGAUUGUUGGCACUUAUGGUUAUAUGCCCCCUGAAUAUGCUUUGGAAGGCUUAUUUUCAAUCAAAUCCGAUGUGUUUAGCUUUGGCGUUUUGUUGUUAGAGAUUGUGAGUGGCAAGAAGAAUACUGGUUUUUAUCAAACUAACUCUCUCCAUCUUAUUAGAUAUGCAUGGGAAUUAUGGACAAGUGAUAGGGGAUCAGACUUGGCAGAUCCACUACUUGAUAAUAUAUCCUCUAUGCAGAUGGUAUUGAGAUAUGUUAACAUAGCUCUCCUCUGUGUUCAAGAAUGUGCAGCGGAUAGACCUACCAUGUCUGAUGUUGUCACCAUGCUUAGUAGUGAAAGUACAAUUCCACCUUAUCCCAAGGAACCUGCUUUCUUGAAUGUGAGAAGUACGGCAAAUGCACACCCAAUUAACAACAGGCUAGAAAUAUGUUCUCUGAAUAGUGCAACGAUUUCAAUUAUGGAAGGGCGGUAA